AUGAUUGCAAACGUUUCACCACUUUCUUUUAUAAGUUUUCAAAAAUUUGCAUUUCAUUUAAUUCAAUAUACCUCUUGCUUAGGAAAAAGAAGGAAAAACUUGAAAUUCCAAAGUCAAGAGAAAGUGGAUUUCUACUCGGAUCACAAAACUUUCGUUUUUUCUUCGAAACCUUAUACUGAAGCAGUUAUAAACUCGCAAAUUAUUUGGAGUUUCAUUGAUGCGUUUCAUGAGUAUCGCAUUGGAAUGUGA